GAAGGCGAGCCCCCAUUGGGCGUGUAGGAAGUCGCCGCUGAAAAAAGGCGUGCCAUUGGUGGGAGCCGGGACUGCUACUCCAAACUAGGCUUCGGACGGAGGAGUAGGCCCCGCUGCGGGUUUCCAUGGCGGACAGGCUACACCAUCAUGGACGGAGGAGAAGGUAGUGCUGACUUAGUGAUCAACAAAAGGUUUGUGUCAGAGUCGGAGCUCGAAGAGCGACGCAAGCGAAGGCAGGAAGAAUGGGAGAAGGUCCGAAAACCUGAAGACCCUGAAGAAUGUCCUGAAGAAAUUUAUGACCCCCGGUCGCUCUAUGAAAGGCUUCAAGAGCAGAAGGACAAGAAGCAGCAGGAAUUCGAAGAGCAGUUCAAGUUCAAGAACAUGGUCAGGGGGCUCGAUGAAGAUGAGACCAAGUUCCUCGAUGAAGUUUCGCGACAGCAAACGCUGAUAGAAAAGCAGCGUCGAGAGGAAGACCUCAAAGAGCUGAAUGAGUACAGAAUAUCUUUGGCCAAAGUGGGGGCCAGUGCGGACCUGAAGAAGAACGAGGCAGAGAAGAAGCUGGUGGCGAAACCUGCUGAAAGCAAGGGCAAGUUCUCCCAGGCGAAGCUUCUGGCCGGAGCAGUGAAACACAGGAGUUCUGACGGUGCCAACAGUGUGAAGAGACUCAAGCUGGAUCCAGAUCCGGACCAUGACAAGGCGACAGGGUCCCCCCCGCGCGUCCCCCUGGGCGGGGGCGUCUCCGUGAGCGGCCCCACGCUCCACUGCCCCUCGGCGGCCGUCUGCAUCGGGAUCCUGCCCGGCCUGGGCGCCUACUCGGGGAGCAGCGACUCCGAGUCCAGCUCCGACAGCGAGGGCACCAUCAACUCCACCGGGAAGAUCGUCUCCUCCGUCUUCCGCGGAAGCAACUUCUUUGACGCCCCGCUCUAGGACCCCUCCGCCCUUUGCCGCUCGCGUGGGACUUCUUUGAACCAGACAGGCUUCCUUUGUCACCCAGGUUCACCUUCCGAGCAAAUCGGUUCUCUCCUGUCCAUCCUUCCUUCCUUCUCUCCGAAUACCAAAAUAAUGUAUGCAAAGCUGUUGUGCACGUCUCUCUCUCCUCAUUUCCUCUGAAACUGUCCGGAGGCCAGGGUUUGCAGCCCUUGCCCAGCCUUGGAAGCUCACUGGGCGACUCUGGGCGAUUUGCACGCUUUCUGCCCCAGAAAACCCCACGACGGGGUGGCCGUCAGUCAUAAGCGACGUGAAGGCACGCCAAAACAAUAAUAAAUUGGGGAAGGUGGUGUUUUCUGUGACUGUUCAUCCUGAGAUAAUAUCCACAAAGGCACAAAGCGUGACUCCUUGCGGCAUAAGGGUGGGGCUGGGUAAAUAGCUGAAUUCUUUAAAAAAUAUAUUAACAAGAAUAUGUGAUAGUGAUUGGCUUUAGAAAGAAGAAUUGGAAGAGCAGGUGAUGUUUAAGUCUGUGGUUUUAAUGUAUCUUUCAAGAAUAGCAGGGUCAUUCCAUGGCAAGUGGUCUAAACCUUCCCACCAAAUUUUGUUCAAAUUUGAGCUGUAGCGACAGUCAGGUGUUCAGCUAAGUUUCCCAAAAUGUGAGGUUUCUGGUUGCAGUAGUUGCUGGCGCUACAGCGAAAAUGUGAACACAAUUGGAGAGCAUGAUGGUGGGAACUUUUUAAACGUUCAGACCCCUUGACAUAGAAUGAUCCAGCAGGAAGAGGGCUGAUGAUUGAACUCAAUAAUGAUGAACUGUCUUCCCUGGAGACCCGUCUGCUUAUCACGGUCACCUUGUUGGGCUUUUUCCUUCGGGUGUCCAAGUUCAGGCAGGUUCUGGCGCCUUCAGGGUAAGGUCAUGGGGGCAGGAGGGGGUUGGUCUUCGAGGGCUAGUUGCGUUUAAGGGCAGUUUGGGGCAAGAGAGAGAAUGCUGAUGCUAUGGGGUGAGUGCAACAAUGAGGAGCGACGCAAAGCAGUGUCCUGGCCUGGGAAGUACCUUGUGAUUGUUGAAUAAAUUGCGAGUAACUGUG